AUGUUGACUGGGAAAUUCUUGAAGAAUCUGUCCGGAGUUUGUGCCAGUCUAGCUUCCAGAUGUCAGCUGCACACAUCCAUGCAGCAUCAUUUACCACUAGUACCCAUUGUCAUAGAGCAGACGGGACGGGGAGAGAGAGCAUAUGACAUUUUUUCCAGGCUCCUUAAAGAGAGAAUCAUCUGUAUCAUGGGUCCUAUCCAUGAUGAACUGUCCAGUCUUGUGGUGGCCCAGCUGUUGUUCCUACAAUCUGAAAGCAGCAAGAAGCCCAUCCACAUGUACAUCAACAGUCCAGGUGGUUCGGUGACCGCUGGUCUGGGGAUCUACGACACAAUGCAGUAUGUCCAACCUCCUAUAGCCACGUGGUGUGUUGGUCAGGCUUGCAGCAUGGCAUCUCUUCUGUUGUGUUCUGGAGCUCCUGGACUGCGGCACUCACUUCCAAACUCUAGAGUCAUGAUCCAUCAACCUUCGGGCCAGGCAUCUGGCCAAGCUACAGACAUCCAGAUCCAAGCCGAGGAGAUUCUCAAGCUAAAGAAACAGAUCAACAGGUUGUAUGUGAAACAUACCAACCAGCCUAUAGACACUAUUGAAAAGAGCAUGGAGAGGGACAGAUUCAUGAGCCCACAGGAAGCUCUGGACUUUGGUCUCAUAGACACGGUCCUGGAGCAGCCACCAACACUUGACCAGGAGCAGAGACAAUCAUAG